AUGCUAGUGACCGACACACUGACGGAAGGCUUCUGGGGCCAGGUGUUCCCUUGGAUUCUGGAGAUACUCCAUUACGUCGACCUGAAACGUUCGGGCGCCACGUUCAAGAUAGCUUGCGCGAACUAUGGUGUCGAGCCGGACUUUGACUGCAUCGCGCCCUACAUAGAGCACAAGUUACCCGAUGAUGGUUCAGACCGCAUCGUAUACAAUCUCACCCAUCUCAAGACGGCUCACGGCAUGGUGUUCCGCGAAUUCGAGUCCCCGAAUCGGCUGUGGAACAAGUACUUCGAUUUCAAGCGGCCCAUUCGCGAGGAAGUCGAUGCUUUCGUUUCUCAGAACUUCACCGGUCGCACGCUGGGAAUCCACUUCCGAGGAACCGACAAGAUGGUCGGUCACUGCAUCCAAGGCCAGCUCAUGUCCUACGCCGACAUGGACCUCGUGAUCGACGACUAUUGCUCUCGCCCCGGAACGAUGCCCGAAACGAUCUUCGUGGCCUCCGACGAAGCCAAUUAUAUAGAGCAUGUCAAGACUCUGUACGGUACCCGUUUCAAGGUGGUCCACCGUACAGACUCGUCGAGGAACGAGAAGAACGUGCAGCGGCCCGCUUUCUACGGGGUCGAUGAACACACCGGAAGACGCCUUCCCAGGACCCCGGAACAGGUGCUGGCUCUGGGGCGAGACGCGAUAUGCAAUCCGCUGAUCCUCUCGAGAUGCGAUGCGGUGCUGAAGACUUCGUCCGCCCUCUCCGCUUGGGCAAAGAUCUUCGAGCCGUCUCUCGAGAUCUGGCGGGUGAAUGGAUUUAUAUAUAGGUGGUUUCCGGACGCCAGGAUCCCCCUCUACGGCGUGGAAGACUUAGCCGUCACUUUAGACGUCUCCCAUCUGGGGCUCUCUGCGGCGAGCAUGGCCUGGCUGUGCGAGGUCCCGCAUCGCCACGUCUGUUGCAUGCCCAUCAGCGGCUAUUGGACGUCGUACGUGGACAAAGGGGUCAUCACCUACUACCGAGGCGACCUGUCGCGCGCCUCGCGGUACGCCAUGCACCUGCUGCGGCCGCCGGUGCACCACUAUCUCCAAGAGACGGAGAGCGCCUUUGCGGUCUUGCUCGACGGUGACGGCGAUCCCGUCUCUCGUAACACUCUGUAUUUUCUGGAUCUGGAUGACGAAACGGAACAGAAACGGGUCGUCGCGUACAUGGGACCUGGAACGGUGGGCAUGACCAAGAUCUGUUGA